CGCGCACGGCUGCUAACCGCGACCGUCCGAUCGGAGAUCGCAUCCGACGGCCAACAGAUUGCCUCGCCUAUAAGAAACGCCUACCCACCUCCUCCUUUUCCGCCGUCCCCAAACAAGGAUCUGGAACGAUUCUAGCGUCUUCCUUCUAUUUCCCAAUUUCUUCCCCAAAGAUCGCAUCUUUGCCAGGGUUUUUCCUCUCUUCCUUUGAUAUCGACGCGAAAAUGGCCGAAUCCAACGUCCAACCGGAUCAGAUUAGAUCGGAGGUGGAGGAGGAGGAGCAGAGGCUGAGGUACCUGGAGUUGGUGCACGUGGCGGCGCUGCAAGCGGUGGGGUGCGUGGCGACGGUGUACGAGUACGCGAGGGAGAGAGCGGGGCCGCUGAAGCCCGGCGUCCAGACGGUGGAGGGCACGGUCAAGACCGUCGUCGGCCCCGUCUACGAUAAGUUCCACGACGCCCCCUUCGAGCUCCUCAAGUUCGUCGAUCGCAAGGUGGGGGAAUCGGUUCAGGAGCUGGAGCGUCACGUCCCGUCGGCGGUGAAGUCCGUGGCGGGCGAGGUGCAGCGUGCCGGCGUGGUCGGGACGGCGGCCGGCCUCGCCCGGGCGGCCCGCUCGCGGUACGAGCCGGCGGCCGAGCGGUGCGCGGUGUCGGCCUGGCGGUCGCUGAACCGGCUCCCGCUCUUCCCCCAGGUGGCUCAGCGGGCCGUGGUCCCCGCGGCGGCCCACCUCUCCGAGAGCUACAACCGCGCGGUCUGCUACUCCGCGGAGAAGGGCUACGCCGUGUCCGCCUACCUCCCCCUCGUCCCCACCGACCGCAUCGCCAAGGUCUUUGCCGCCGACGGUGAGUCUGCCGCCGCCGCUCCUGCGACUCCGCCCGAGAGGGAGAUCACCGUGCAGUAAAGUGAAAUUGGACGGUUGUGAUCGAUCUUGUUGGUCUCAAUUUCCAGUACUACUAGUUGGAUGGAUGAUGAUGAUGGUGUUGGUUAAUAAUAUUUCCUGUGGUACAUAUCGCAUACAUUGCGAAGGUUGCGUGGUUUGUGUAGUUGCGGGCGAUGUUUUAUUACCGCAUUGUGUGUUUAUGAACAGCUGCUAGUUUAUGUUUGCUUUUAUAGAAGCUUGGUUUUUUUUUUU